UCACAUCACACAUUUAUAUAUAUUAACACACAUAUAUAUAUAUGUAUAAAUUCAAAAAUCGUCAUGGCCGGUGUCCUCGCCCUUUACAUGUACAGAGAAAGAAAUCGCACGGAUUCUAUAUAUGCUUCUAACCGCUAAUUCCUCUGUCGAGCAAAGUCGAGUAUCGCUGGUGGCAGUCGUAAUUGCCUUCCGCUUUGCGUGUUUUCACGUUCUUCCAUGCUCAACCCGUAUCGGCAGACUUGCCUUGUCCAUGCUCGAGCAACUCGUUCGAUUGGCCAAUCACCCGGAAAAAGAACACAGGUGAGGUGAGGGUCGAGUGUAGAAGGUCUUAGGUCCGCCAAGCGGAAGGUAUCGUUGCCACCGAGUGUACCUUGGAAGGUAGGCCGUACGACUGAAAAAAUAUCACUCGCCUUCUUCCCUCUCCUCUCCCUCACCCUUGCCUCAUGACGCCAAAGUUAUUGUAAAUUAGUUUACCGUGCGCCGUUAUAUCCUCAGUCACAUUGUAAUUGUCGUCGCGCAUCCCUUGCGAAGAUUCGCGCGCACGCGCGCACGUCACCUCUGUGCAUUUAUCAAUUUCGUAUUAUAUUUUUUUCCGAUGAAGUGUAAAUACGCACGCGGCCGCGUGUAAUUUUAAUCGAGCGAUCACGUGGCGUCGCGUUACGUAGUAUAGCUUAAUCGCCGAUCGUUAUGUUGGCAUUGCGCCGCGUCACGCAGCGCGACGUUGAUCGAAGUCGCGCGACAUGCUAGUGUUUCGCCAACGUCGAAAAUUCAUACUCGACAUUUUAUUUAUUCUCCCUUUUGCGCUCUCCGCGGUGAGUGCGAGUGCGCAGAGGCAUCGUUAUGUUGUUGCGACGGACAUAGUCGUGGACGCAUCGUUACGUUACAACGAACGUAAAGUGUAUGUGUCGCGUUUCCUCUUUGUUUUUUUCCAUUGUUUUCUCUUUUUCUGUAAUUAGCGACUGAUCAUGCGGAAGCCGAGGGAAUGAAAUUGGCUGUUUCGACGUAAUGGAAAGUUCUCGUUUGGUAGAGAGUGCGGCGAACGCGUUUCGUUUGGACGGUACACGUCCAUGAAAAUACGACGUGUGUGCGUAUAGCUCUUUUCUGUGAUCGUAAACUUGCCUCUUUAUCAAUUUCGCGAGCUACAAAUAGACUACUACCUCCGUUACGUACAUGCGUGCGUGUGUACGUGAAUAUUCGUCCUUCUCGAUUGUAAAGUGUCGUUUCCGUUUGCAUGUAGAUUACACACCACACAUACAGCCAUGCAACACACACACACAUAUACACACGCACGCACGCACGCGCGUGCACACACACACACACACACACACACACACACACACACACACACACACACACACAUACACGCGCGCCCAUACACACAGUCGCUCUUUUGUUUAUAUUAUUAAAGAAGAGAGGAAUGGACACAAGCGUUGGAAGCUUUUCGGCUCUGUCGAUGUAUUAAUGGACGGACAGAGUGAACGAACAAGAAAAAACCAAUUGUAGAUUUUACGCAAGCAGCACAGCAUGAGAGUGCGUCGGUAACGAAAAGUCGAUCGCCCCAGUGUGCUGUUAUUCUGUAAGCUUCUAACGAUAAUAACUUUCUCGUCACGUGUCGUUGCGCAAGAUAUAACGGGUCAUAUAAUAGCCGUGCAACGGCGCUUUAUGAUACCGAUAUUGUCGAUAACAGUCAUUACGAGAUAAGCACACUGGAGAGAGUUUCGAAUCGCGUGUGUCGUCAGCUGCGAAGGAAAAUGAAAACUUUGCCCUGCAUUCCAACGAAGACCGAAGACGUCGGAACGAAGUAGAAGUUUAAAAAGAAACAAAAAGGCUAGUCACACAAUCGCAAUUUGAUUACGAAUAUUUUAGGUAACAUCGUAAGAAAGAGAAAGAGAGCGGGAGGAGAGAGAGAGAGAGAGAGAGAGAGAGAGAGUGAGUGAGACAGAGACAGAGACGCAGAUAGAGAGAAAGAAAGAAUGAAAGAUUCCACAGAAUUUUAUAUUACAAAGAUUUUUCUCAUAGUAUAUAUCUUGCCAUAGGAAUACACGUAAGUAUAACAUUACGAGGCCUUUAUACAAAACAAGAAUACGGAGAAUAUUUGCUGCUUUCAGAUAUUAAGAAGAGAAGAGAGAGAGAGAGGGAGGGAGAGGGUAAGAAAUUAAAUUGAUUAGGCACCUAAUAAAAAACAAAAGAAAAGAGGAAGAAAACGCCGUUUCGAAUUCUUCAGAUUAGUGCCGUGCCGACCGCGCGUGAUCUGGUACUCGAAAGUAUAAAUCGCAAACGCGUAUUCUCCGGAGAUUUUAAAGGAGAGACGUGUACGCGCGUCGAUCGGUGUCUUAUUACUAAUCGUGUCCGGUGCCAAGUCUAAAUUAUACGAGUGUAAUAACUUGUUCCGCAGCACAUAUGCUCGCAAUUAGACAUCAAGCAUCACACACGUACGCAGCCUUACGUACGGCCGUUCUACGAAUCACACACACGCGCGCGCGUAUAAAGCAAUAUUUUAAUAUGAAAGGGAGAGUUUAAGAAACAAAAAAAAAAUGGAACAAAAGAUGUAUAAGAAUUGCGUAUUUCGUAUUUACGAUACUGGGUCGCCGGGCUUCGCGAGAGACUGACGACUUAUCGGUAGUAUUUAAGCGAUAGCUAUUAAGACGAGGAACGGGACGCAAAUAGUCUGUGAAAGAGUGAACGAAGACUUUUCAAAUAGAUUAAUCGAUGUAGAAUCCUGUGAGUGAUUCCUUCCAGCGAAGAGAGAGAGAAAGAGAGAGAGAGAGAGAGAGAGAGAGAAGAAGAGAGAGAAGGGCUAAUUAAAAGGAAGAAAAAAACGAAAAGAAAGAAAGGAGCCAAGUGUAGACGUUUUUAGCUGAUAACGCAAUCAGCAUUCCACUUAUAUAUUAUAUACAAGAGACCGCGAGGUCGUUUAGAAGUUUGCCAUUCUUACGACGAAAUUCCGACGAGUCUUGGGACAAUUCUAUCCCCGGUUCUAUCGAUUGUAUUCAUGACAAUUUUAACCGUUAUUCAAUUAGAUCGCAUCGUAUCGGUCUAGUGACUCCGUAUUGCGCAUUGCAAUCCAACUAUCAAUUUACAGCAUAUACUUUUAACGUUGUCUCCGAUACCGAUAUUAUUGGCGUAAAAAAUCGUUGCGGAUUUUUCAACUUGAACGUUCUUGUUGACUCUCUUAAAUAUUACGCAAGACGAAUCUCUACGUUUAGUCUUAAAUGUAUACGUAAAUUCACUUACAGCCGACGAGCUGCGAUCCCCCGUACAUAUUUCGAGGACGAAGUACGCGUCGAUUCGGUUUUUUUCCCGUGCAUCUGCGUGUGUAUCGGAAAGAAAUAUCCGAGCAUGAUGACUCGAAUAAAUGUCGUAGUGAUUUUUCGACGAUACACUCGUCGCUGCAGUUUAUUUUCGCACGCGACAGCGCGCGCACCCUCCACGGAAAAAGAAAAAAAAAAGAUUCGUGUGUGACUGAAUGGUAGUGAAAGCUCGGUGACGAGAAGCGAUCUGUUUCUAUUAGACCGCGACCGAGACAACAAUUUGUCUGAAGAUAAUUGACCGAUUAAAAACCUACGGAAUCUUCCCGUUUUUCCCGAUAACCGAGUUGUCCACUCGCGGUCCCUAUAUCCCAAGCGACUGAAAACUCAGUUACACCACCCAGUCAGAAGCACAAUGUUGAUUUAACGUCGAUGAGGGGAUUGCAUUUUAACGUCGAUUCAACGUUUCAUCGAUCAUUUUAACGUCGAAUCAACGUUAUAGUUCUGACCGGGCAACGAAAUUUAUUCCUUUCUUCUCCGUGUGCGCGUCUCGAACUUGUCUACACAGUUGUGCGACGGCUGUUUGUCAAGAACGAAAAACAUCCGAUUUGGCUUUCUCGCUUCGGCUUCGGUUCUCUCACUAUUGUUACCCCGCGAUAUAUUGUUCGUUGACAUAGACACACACAUACACGUUUAAACGACAGGUAUCCCCGCACCGUGCGACUUAAAAAAGCCGACUCUGCGCAUUCUGUGCAUUAUAAAGCAAACGAGGAGAAAUAAAGCAAAGGAUAAUGGAGAGCGGAGAUGUUUAUUUGCGGCGCAAGCUUCUCGUACAGCGCACGAAGUUGAAAAAACGUUGCUGCGACAUUGAAACAAUAUUGUUGCAAUAAUUGUUGCAAUAUCGUUGCAACAAUAUUGAAGCAAUAUUGCUGCAACUUGUAUGCUGUAUGGGUUCUGAUCAACGUCUUCCUUCCGGGCGAUCAUGUCCUUUCGAAGGCUGCGCUGUCUGGAAUUCGUACGAUUCGAACGGGCCGACUCUCGACAGCAAGAGAUCGAUACUCGGUAUCGCGCGUCGCGUGUGUCGAUGUGUCGAUUUUCGAUUCGAUCGGAGCAUGCGCGCGUUCAAUUACCGACAGCCGAGAGCGGACGUUACGUCCGCACGAUCGUCGCUUCGCUGGGUGACGUCCGAUGGCGUCGAGUGACGUCGCAUGGCGCCGGCUGACAUUGAUCGUAUCGAGUCGACACGGCGCGGCGGAGAUAAAGUUUCAUCGAUUCGUCGUUUGUUCGCGAGUAUUUUUAAUCUCAGCGCGAAAGCCCGUCUACCGCAGCGACAGAACCGCAGCGACGGACUUGGUGGCGAAAGGUACGUCGAUCACGAGAGAGAAAGAGAGACGGGGAAGAAAAUUCUCCUCGGCGGGAAACCGCCCGAUCGCGUUGAGCGAAAUCCUCCGAAUUUUCGACUCCGCCACGCCGGCAAUGUUAUCGCUCGCGUGUUUGUUCUCAUUUUCGUCGCGAUAAUUGUCCGAUAAUGUCCGAUAACAUUAUCACUGCUCAUGAUUAACGCUUGUCUCAAUGUCGAGCGCGCGCACGUGCUCGUUCGCGUGAAAUCGCCGCGCCGGUUCUUCGUGAAACUUUCGUCGGCGGCGUGUUGCAUUUUCCCGCGAGAGCAUUUUCCGCGCUCUUCCGCGUGCGUUUUCGAAAACGUCGGGUCCGCCGAAAACGCCAUGCCGAAAUAUCGUUUCUUCCCCCCGCCCCCCCUCAACGCUAAAUCAUGCACCUUUUCCGCGCAAGUGUAUAACCCUCCGACAUGGCGGAAAAUGCAAGCUGCUUCGGAGACUCGCUGUUCUCUUCGCGUUUUAUCUCUCCGAAAUAUGCGCGCGCGCGUUUCCGUCGACUCUCGUUGUGGCCGGCAACGCGCGCCUUCGCCGGCUUAUCGCGGACCUCUCGUUCUCGUGUUUUUGUCAAUUAUACGCGUGAGACGUGAUCGAUACGGGUGUGUUGAGGCAUGGCUGGACGAAAAGACGAGAUCGACGGGAAACGGAUGUAGGAAGAUCGCGAGUUAAAAUCUUGUGACGAUGGAGAAGACUGCGCGCGCGUGCGUCGGUGACGUCAUUGGAUACAUGAUCGACUUCGAUAGACUUGUGUUUACAGGUCAACUUCUCGGUUAUGAAAUAUUUAUUCGCCGUAAUUUAUAUCAAGUACAUUAAACAUCCCGUCACGAGCCAUCGAUCGUAGACGAAAAUUCACAGGGUCAUAUUUUACGGGCGCUCGUAUAAUUCUGUUCCCAUCAUGCUUAGUACUUCAACCGGAGAAGUUAGCGCACUUUAACGCUUAAGACUACGAAUAAGAGAGAAAUAUAUCCGACGUCUAGGUACUUAAAUAACGCAAGUCGCCCUAAUUGAUCCCGAGCACUAAUCCGGGUUGCCGUCCAGACAUCUUACGCUACGCGAGCCGCUUAAUUGAUAGAAAAGUCACCCGGCGAGCGAAAGGUCCCUGCUUCAAUUCCCGGUGCAACGACCACCCGCACUCCCGGUAUAAUUUCCCUCCGUACUCUUCCGAACUAACAUUCUCCAUUUCUCCCGCGGGGCUUAUGUAAAGUGUGUACGCUACUGAGGCGUGCCCACGUUCGCAUUGGCGCGCAUACGAGGUACGAUUUGCCCCGCGAUUUUUUCGUGCUGGCUUUCGAGAGACGAGAUCGCGGGCGAGGCUCGACUCGUGACCAGACGAGACGAGGUGAUCUCAAAACGCUGUUCGCGACGGGUCCAGAGCAGAGACCAGAUCAAACGAGACGCGACGCAACGCGACGAAGCGAAGCGAGAGACGAGGCGCGGCGCGGCGCGGCGCAGCUGACACGCGCGUUUCGUCAGAGUGGGAGGUCAGGUACGGCGAGAGAUCCUUUUCUAUGACGUGGAUUCGAGGCCCCUCUGAACCUCGCUCUCUCAGUGUACCGGGUGUUCUCAAGCGAGGCGGUCGUGGCGCUCGUGAUCAGCUCGCCCGUGGGAAAGCGACGGAAAAGAAGCGGACAGCGAAUGCACGAAAUCGUCUUCGCGAGCGGACAACUGCGAGGCAACGCACUGCUGCGACCAACGACGGACCGCGCAAGAUUUUUGGUAUCCAUAAUUCGCAAGGCGAGCUGCUCUCUGCCGAACAAGCGAGCCGAAGGUGCGUGCAUGCUGAGUCCCGUGCGGUCGACGUUCCGUGAGUCAUUCAGGAUCGUCCCGAAGGUCCUUAUGGUAACCGGCGGACAAGGUGGAUAUCUCCCCAGCGGGAUCCAAAGGCUGAAGGGCUGGCUGCGUCGGUGGAUCCAUUCAGCAAUCACUUACAUCUAGAGGAACGAUGGACAGCGGGGAUGAGAUUUCUUCCUUGCGGGAUAUUAGGGAAGUAGAUCGCGGUGGCGACUACCACCGCAGAAACGGGAACAACAACGUCGACAGCAAGCGCAACGGCAACAACAAUUGUUAUAAUCGUCUGGCGAAGGGCCAGAGAGAGAAUAACUGCCAACCGGCGCAGAAGGCGCCGUUAGUCGGCUGGCGAAACGGAAGUCCCACAAUAUGCCCGAGUUCCGUCCAGAACAGUGCCUAUGUCGAGCUCGCCAGGCUCGACCCGACGCAUGAGGAGGAGCUGAGCGAAGUGAUCAUGUUGAACGAGCUGAAUUCAGAACGAAGCGCACCGAACAACACUUUGUCUCCUCGCGAGGAUCUCUCUGAUUUAAAGACCGACAAGGGUCCGAGUAAACAAGACAGAGAUUCCAUCGACUCCGAGAGUUUCCACAAUCUGGAGAACGAGUGCUCCAUUGUGAUAGAAGAGAAAGAACGCAAGAAACCGAAAGUGCCAGACGGCGGUUGGGGCUGGAUGGUCGUGUUGGCGUCGUUGGUUAUCUCCAUGAUAGCCGACGGUAUCUCCUUCAGCUUCGGUCUACUUUACAUUGAGUUCCUCCACGAGUUCGGUGCCUCCAAGGCCAAGACCGCCUGGAUCGGCUCGCUUUUCAUGGCCGUGCCUCUUUUAUCCGGCCCGAUCAUGUCCGCCCUUGUGGACCGCUACGGAUGCCGCAAGAUGACCAUCGCCGGCGGCCUGAUAUCGGGCCUGGGUUUUAUAUUGAGUAGCUUCGGCAACAGCAUCGUGAUAAUGUAUUUGACUUUCGGGGUGAUCGCCGGCCUCGGUCUCGGCCUGUGCUACGUCACCGCAGUCGUUAGUAUUGCUUAUUGGUUCGACAAGAAGCGGACUUUGGCUGUGGGUCUUGGCGCUUGCGGCACCGGCAUCGGUACCUUUGUCUACGCUCCGAUGACCACGUACUUUAUUGAGGAGUACGGCUGGCGAGGCACCUGUCUGCUUCUGGCUGGCACGUUUUUCAACAUGAUCGUUGCCGGUGCCGUGAUGAGGGAUCCGGAAUGGUGGAUAUUAGAGCAACGUAAGCAGGAGCAAGCCGCACCGAAGAAGUCCCACUGCAGAUCGGAUGACACCAAGUCGGAAGUGAGCCCGCCGGAUGAGUUCCCGGGUGUUGACGAGCUCCGAAGGCUGCUCAGAAGCGAACAUGUGCCUGAAUAUUUCGUACAGAGUUUGACCACCACAGCGGCGACCGUCGAUGGCACGAAGGGGAAGGCCUCUUUUAGAAGCGUUGUUAAUCUGCCGACUUUCAUCAAGCGAAGCGAGAAGGUGCCUUUGGAAGCAUUGGAGCUGUUAUUGUCCAAUUCUAGACUCUACACUGUUAUCUUGGAGAAUUAUCCUAGUCUUCUACUUUGUAGAAGUUCGUCCGAUAAACAGCUGCACGACUCGACCGGAGAGAUUCCCGCCAAAAGCGGCAUUACCAUGUCCAUGAGGCUUAAACGAGCGACGGAACCGAAAGUGAUCAUCGAGCAAAGUAAAGAUUCCCGUUCGUCACCUCCUCAGGUCUCAACGAGACCCUCCGGCAAGUCUAGGAAGGAUUCAGAGGAGAAUGAUCCUUUAAUAGCAAAAGAAAGCGCGCAGAUGACCGCCGGUCCAGUGGAAAAAUCGAAAUCCGCGUUGAAACGUAACAUCGUCAAUGAUGGCGGCGUUGUCAGGACGGACUCGUUGCCUUGGCUCAGACGACAGUUCAGCACCAACACUCACUAUUUUAAAGACAUCAGAGUGCACAGAAAUUCCGUCAUGUAUCGCGGUGCCGUCCUGAAUUUACGAAAAUACAGGCUGAAGGCGAGCAGUUGCCCGGACAUCUACACCAACAGUAUGAUUACCCUGGCUAAGGAAAACGAACAGAAAUGGUACGACGAGCUAGUGGACUUGCUGAAAGGCAUGAUGGACUUCUCCAUGUUCCUCGAGCUGCACUUUUUGCUGCUGUCGUUGUCGACGAUAUUGCUGUUCACCUGGUUUAUCGUACCAUAUUUCUACCUAGCGGAACAUCUCACUAGAAACGGCUACUCCGAGUCCGAUGCCGCUAAUCUUCUCAGCAUCAUUGGCAUAACCAAUACAAUUGGAAUGAUUGGAUUGGGUUGGGCCGGUGAUCAAUCGUGGAUGAACGUUAGCAAGACGUAUACAUGGUGCCUGAUAGCUUGCGGUGCGGCUACUAUAUUGAUGUCCUUUUUCACUUAUCACUACACGUUUCUAGUCGCCAGCACGGCAGCUUUUGGCCUCUUCUUCGCCAGCAACUUCAGCUUUACGCCUGUUAUACUAGUGCAGCUGAUUCCCUUGGAGCGGUUCACCACCGCUUACGGCCUUACCUUGUUGUGUCAAGGAAUCGGCAACCUUCUCGGACCUCCGUUGGCUGGAUGGCUCUUCGACUUGACCGAGUCUUGGAAUCUGUCUUUUUUCAUGGCUGGCGGUUGGAUCAUUCUCUCCGGAAUUUUGAUUGGCAUUAUACCGUACACGAAGAACCGAAAGAUUUUCGGCAACGGACCGAUCGAGAUGGAGCGAACGAAUGGCAGUGAUAGCUUGGCCUAAGACGUAGUAUACUCAAUGUGCUUAAAAGCGCGAGUAUUAUUACUUGAAAAUCUAGCAUGAGAUACGAUUGUUUACUCAGGCAAAUUUUUAUUCAACCUACGAAUCUCACCACGGUCACACCGGACGAGCAGUGCUUCAUAGAAAAUGUAGAUUACUUAUCAUAUAAUGAGACCUUGAAAAUUUCUCCAUAUAGUAUCCAAGUAUCUUUCUGCAUGCAUGCAGUGAUAUUUUCUUUGUACUUAAAUUAAUCAUCGUUCAUGUCGAAUAGAUCCAUUACUUACAUGACGAUGCAUUUAAUAUAUAUACACUAUUGAAUACGCACAAACUUUACUUUACGAACUCUUUUAUAGUCUAAACUAUACAUGUAAAUUUUAUAAUACAACUCCAAACUCGUGACUUAGACAACCAGUAAUAAUUAUUCUAAAAACACACAAGUAAAGAGUUUGCACUAAUGAUGCAGGAUUAUAAAGCAGAAUCCAGAAAGACAGAGAGAGAGAGAGAGAGAGAGAGAGAGAGAGAGAGAGAGAGA